AUGCCUCUCGAGUCACUUCUCACGAGUCCCAAUCCAGCCGUGCCUCGUCCGCGCUCCAUUCUCUCAUAUUUUUCCAGCUCAUUGGGAAAACAUGCACGGAAUAUGUUCGACCUGGUCAUCGAACCCGAAGAUCCCUUCCGCGUCUAUUCACCCGGUCAGACAGUGAAGGGACAUGUUACACUAUCGGUGUUGAAAGGCUUCGAUAUUACACACCUGGUGAUCUCGCUCCAUGGAUAUGCCAAAGUCUACAAACACCAAAUAGCUCCAGGCGAUGGAGUCUUGCCGGCGCCGGAAGGUCUCGUUACCGGGAAGGGAAAUAUGGGAUUCCAAUACCAUGGGAAUGGGCUAGCCUCUCUCUUCCAAUACGAGCAGGUUCUGUGUGGGACUGGUUUUCUAAAGAAGCAUGUCUACAAGUUCGCGUUUGAGGUCCCUUUUCCCGAGGCUGACCUACCAAGCACCAUUGAUUUUGAACGAGGCACCAUCUGUUACAUGCUUACGGCCACGGUCACUCGACCGACUACAAUUAGCCCGACAGUGAGCCGCAGCGUCAAAGUCAAGUUUCAGGAUCGCAUUGACAUUGGCGUGAUGUACUCGCCAAAAUCCCGGGUUGUCACCUUGGAACCUGUCUCUCGGCGGGGAAAGGUCAAGGUUGUCAAGCCAGCCUCUACCACACCAAACACGGCCGGUACCGGACCUGGUCUUUUGACUCGAAAUAACACUCAGAACAGUACGAUCAGUCGGAGCACUAAUUCCAUCGGGAACCCUCCGCUCAGCCCGGCCCCAAGUGAAGAUACGGUCCAGACCAGCACCACGACUCCCAGCACUCAUAGUUCUCAGGCGGUCAAUGGAGAAUCACAGACAAAAAGGACGAGCCCCCGGACCAGCGAUUCACGGAGCAAUACCACCUCUUCUUCGGCGCACACAAUCACUGCAACUGCAGAGCUUCCGCGGCACGGCGCUCUUCCGGGAGAUACUAUUCCCAUCCGAGUUUCGGUUACCCACACCAAGUCUGAUGUAAGAGGCAUGAUUAUUGCAACUCUAUAUCGACAAGGCAGGGUGGAUAUGCAUCCUGCCAUUCCUUUGGCGAAACCUGGCAAGGACAACAAAGCCGAGUAUGAAGACGUCUACCCCAAGUCACGCACGGGUUUGGGAGGAUUAUACUUUGCGAAUGCCUCGCCAAGCAGCGUAUUCCGGAAGGACCUGGCUCAGUCUUCCACUAUGAUGAUAGUCAACCCAGCAACAAUGACCGCUGAUAUCACCACUUCGCUCAAAGUUCCCGAUACUGCCUUUCCCACCAUCGCCAACGUUCCCGGGGGCAUGAUAUCCUUCACCUAUCAUGUCGAGGUCGUCGUGGACCUUUUUGGGAAGUUGGGCGAAACGCGGCUAUGGCCCCGUCUAACGUCCAGUGACCCGGUUUUCAGCCACAGUUUGCAAAGCGGCAACCAGUUGACGAACGAUUGGUCGCAUACGAUCUUGGAUACAACGCAGCUCCGUCGGACCAAAAGUGUCGUGACUUUCGAGAUGUCGCUCGUGGUUGGCAAUCAGGACAGUAGGAGGGGGAAGAAACAGACUAAACAAACCGAAGUUCCCGUCGAGCCGACGGAACAAUGGGCAGAGGAAAGCUGGAAUGACCAGAACAUUCAGAGUCCGGGAUAUGAUGGUCAGUACUAUGACCAGUGGGGAUAUCCGUACUAUCAUGAUCAGCACUACGAGUACAACAACGGACAUGACUACACGUUCAAUCCCAGCCAUUAUCACCGCCACCCGACUACUAGUCACGAACCAAUCCCGCCUCCGGAACCCCAUGAAGAGGAGGUCGAUGAGAAGACGCGACUCCGACGACAAGAACAAUUGCUGUUCCCCAGUCAACCUCCGCCAGAAGGCGAGGCCUCCCACAGCCACGAUGUAUCAUAUCAGCCUUCUGCGCCGCUGAUCCCACCAAAUGGGCCGCACGAAGAUAAUAGGGGCCACCCUGAUGGCCAUAUCACCUCCUCGCCUCUGUAUCCAGCGGCCUCUACAGCUUCGGCGAGGUCAGGCGACACAAUCCGGGCUUACCCAACGCCACCUCCGACGGCGAGCUCUUUGCGUGGUGAGGGUCAAUCCACGGAUGACAAACAAGAACUUGAACGACGGCGGCUUUUAGCACAAGCGAGUGCACCACCCCAAGAAAGUGAUGGACAGGGCUCGAGCAGUACAGCACCUUCGGCGUCUGUGCCAAGUGCACCCAUCAUCCAUGAGCAGGAUGAGUAUAAUGUGCAAACCCUGAACCAUGACCAUGAUGGAGCUGAGUUGCCACAAUACGAGCGUUGA